GCUGGCAGCUUUCUUUGUUUCUUUCCCUGGGACUGGGAUCAGCAUCUGCUUGCUACUACGCUUCCUCAUCUGCUGGCACUGGCGUCUCUCCUCCCCUGGUACCUGAGCUGAGCUGAACCGGGGCAAAAUUUUGCACUGAGAUUGAGCUACUACCUCCUCCAGCGCCUCUUCUUGCGCACCUAGAAUAGAAAGAGAACUACUGUAGAAAUAUACAGCUACGAGAACUAGAAGGCGGCGAGCACAUCGGCGGCAAUGGGGUCGGAGACGUUCCUGGAGAUCCUGCUGGCCAUCCUGCUGCCGCCGGUCGGCGUCUUCCUCCGCUACGGCAUCGGGGUUGAGUUCUGGAUCUGCCUGCUGCUCACCAUCCUGGGAUACAUCCCGGGCAUUAUCUAUGCCGUCUACGUCCUCGUCGCAUGAUUAUGAUUAUUAUAUAUAAUUAUGAUGUGUGAUAAUGACCGGCCGGGAGCUAGAUUGGUUCGAGACCACGGGUUUCUGAAUUCUGAUCCAUCCAUUCCAUACAUGUAGCCCAUGCUGUAUGUUCUUGUAUCUUCUAAAUUAGCUUAGCUAGCGGUUGUUUCUCUUGUGUCCUGAUCCAUUUUGUUGUGCCCAUGGACAAGGAUGGGAGAAAGGAACUGUAGCUUCGAUGCUUCGUCUAUGCAAGUGUGCUAGAUCUAGUCUAGAGUUUCUACUCUACUAAUUUCGAGUCCAGACAUGUUUCUGAAAUCUGCAUGCACUGCGAUGUUUGUUUAAUAUAAUAUAUGUGGUGAUGCUGAUGCA